UCCAGUGAAGCCCGCACACAGACGCACAAUCACGUCCAGACUGCUGCUGCUGCUGCUGCUGCUGCUUUGGGGGGAGUGGACUCACACUUUAUUUAGCGUUAGUGUUGUUGGAGGGUAAAAAAAAAAAAAAAAAAAAAUUACUGUGGGAGUUUCAUUAAUGCAUCUGUGGACGCGGACUCAGAAAAAUAAUUAUUUAAGAUGGGGCUGUUGGCUGAAGACUUGGUAUUCCACUCCAGCAUACCUGUGCCUCUGGAUAUAACUGUGGCUGUGGUCUACUCUGUUCUUGGAAUAUGUUCAAUAUUUGGAAAUAGCACUCUGCUGUAUAUUUCCUACAAGAACAAGCACCUCCUGAAGCCUGCGGAGUAUUUCAUCAUCAAUCUCGCUGUCAGUGACCUGGGCCUCACCUUGUCACUUUACCCCAUGGCCAUCACCUCAAGUUUCUACCACAGGUGGCUGUAUGGGAAAGCGUUUUGCUCUUUAUACGCGUUCUGUGGCAUGUUCUUUGGCCUCUGCAGUCUGACCACUUUAACCCUGCUAAGCAUGGUGUGCUUUGUGAAAGUAUGCUACCCGCUCUAUGGAAACAGUUUUAAGCCUCUUCAUGGCCAGCUGCUCAUUGCCUGUGCUUGGAUCUAUGCACUGCUGUUUGCCUGCCCUCCACUGGCCCAUUGGGGAGAGUACGGACCAGAACCAUAUGGCACCGCCUGCUGCAUUGACUGGCGAUUGUCCAAUAAGCUUGGCACAGCCCGCUCAUACACUGUGGCGCUCUUUGUUUUCUGCUACAUCCUUCCAUGCUGCAUAAUUGUUGCAUCCUACACAGGCAUCCUGGUCACUGUGCAAGCAUCCAGAAAGACCAUGGAGCAGCAUGCUUCAAGGAGGACCAACAUGAGCAGCAUUCAAACAAUUAUUAUCAAGCUAAGUGUUGCUGUCUGCAUUGGUUUCUUUGCGGCAUGGAGUCCGUACGCUAUAGUUUCCAUGUGGGCAGCCUUUGGAGAUUUUGAAGACAUCCCUCCGCUUGCAUUUGCAAUGCCUGCUAUGUUUGCCAAGUCGUCAACUAUCUACAACCCAAUCAUUUACCUAAUGGUAAGGCCUAAUUUCCGCGGAAUCAUGUGCAAGGAACUAGGUACACUAUUCCAAACAUGUCUGAAGGGAUGCCUCGUCUUCAAGGGCCAAGCAAAGUGCUGCUCAAAGCCGAACAUCAUGCUCAGACGUCGCACAGCCCACAGACAGACCAACCAGUUCCCCUUAUCCAUCUCUUCUACUCAACCACCUAUAGUAACUCGAAUGAAUCUCAGGUGUCAGAAGUGCAUGGACAGUUUUGAAUGCUUCAGACAUUAUCCUAAAAUGUGUGGGAUUGCUAAUCCAACCUCCAACACGGACGCAUCAAAAGAUCGAGAAGCUCCAGUUUUGCAAACAUUACACCAGAUGUGUGAGAGUGGGCAUCCAAAGAAAUCCCUGAUGGCCACCAUAAUGACUUCAGAUACCAACUAUGUCAAUAUUAGCUUAGAGAUGGCUCCAAGGUACGCAAAGGAGGCUUGGCCCCCUUAAUAUUUCUAAUAUUUGUGGCAGGUUUAAAAGUUCUGGAAAUAUCCGUCCAUCCACCCACCCACCCAUGCAUCCACCCACCCAUCCACCCAUGCAUCCAUCCAUCUAAACUUGCUUAAUCCUGUUGAUGGUUGUUGGUGCUGGAGCUUCUCCAGCCUCCCCGCUGUUCUGGGGUUUUUAUUUUAGUCAACCAGUCAAGGUGAGAGGAUACACUCUUUGCAGGUUGGUAGUUCAUCACACGGUCAACACAGAAAUGGACAAACAAGGAGGCAAUUUAAGGGCAAUUUAGAUCCUGAAAAUACCCUGAAAUGCAUGUUUUUUGGAAUGUGGGAAAAAACCGGGACAGAAACUGUACAGGGAAAAAAAGACAAAGCUUAGCAUUGUUUGACACUUGAUCCAUUUGCGAAAUCCUAUUUUUGAUUGUAUUGAGAAUUGUUAAGGUUAGGAUCAAUACUGUUUCAGGGCAAGCCAGUUUAGGAUGGAAAGGUUUUGGCAAGUCUUCCACCAACUAGGACAAAAUUCCUAUCAAAAUUAAUGUUGCCAAGCAAAAAGGAAAUAUGGGUCUCCAUAAGAAAAUAUAAAACAGGUUUAAAGGUUCAAACAUCUGAUCUUUAAUAUAUUUUAUUAAAUAUUUAGAGCAAAGGGUGGCUUGUCCUCUUCAGGUUGGAGGAUAGUUCCUGCCUCAAGUGGAGGAGUUUAAGUAUCUCGGGUUCUUGUUCACGAGU